UCAUCUCACAGAAUGACAACACUGUAGCGACAUCAAUUGACUAUAGAGGGAUUACACUAAAAUUCGAUCCAUUUUAAAUUUGCAAUAACUAUUGUUUUUUUUAAAAUUGUGACUAUGAGUUGUGGAUUUGUUACUUGUGGUCCAAACGAAGCUCUCGUAGUAUCCGGAUGUUGUUAUAGCAAGCCUCUAUUAGUACCUGGAGGUAGAGUAUUUGUUUGGCCUAUUGUUCAACAAGUACAAAAAAUUUCAUUAAAUACUAUGACUUUACAAGUAGAAAGCCCAACUGUAUAUACUUGUCAAGGUGUACCAAUAUCUGUAACAGGAAUUGCACAGGUUAAAAUACAAGGACAAAAUGAGGAAAUGUUAUCUACAGCAUGUGAACAAUUUCUUGGAAAAACUGAAGAAGAAAUUCAUAAUAUUGCACUUGUAACAUUAGAAGGACAUCAACGAGCAAUAAUGGGAAGUAUGACUGUAGAGGAAAUAUAUAAAGAUCGUAAAAAAUUUAGCAAAGAAGUUUUUGAAGUAGCAAGCAGUGAUCUAGUCAAUAUGGGCAUUACUGUUGUAUCCUAUACAUUAAAAGAUAUUCGAGAUGAAGAAGGGGCAAAGGGAUACUUAAAAGCUCUUGGAAUGGCCCGAACUGCUGAGGUAAAACGUGAUGCAAGAAUUGGUGAAGCAGAAGCUCGUAGAGAUGCUCAAAUUCGUGAAGCUAUUGCUGAAGAACAAAGAAUGGCUGCUCGUUUUCUUAAUGAUACUGAGAUUGCUAAAGCACAGCGUGAUUUUGAAUUAAAAAAAGCUGCAUAUGAUGUUGAAGUACAAACUAAAAAAGCAGAAGCAGAAAUGGCAUUUGAAUUGCAAGCUGCGAAAACUAAACAAAGGAUUAUGGAAGAACAAAUGCAAAUAAAAGUAGUUGAACGUGGGCAAGAAAUUGCAGUACAAGAACAAGAAAUGAUGAGACGUGAACGAGAACUGGAUGCAACUGUUCGACGUCCAGCUGAUGCAGAAAAAUAUAGAUUAGAAAAAAUGGCUGAAGCUAAUAAAAUGCGUUUAGUAAUGGAAGCUGAAGCUGAAGCAGAAGCUAUCAAAAUUCGUGGCGAAGCAGAAGCAUAUGCUAUUAAAGCAAAAGCUACAGCAGAAGCAGAACAAAUGGCAAAAAAAGCUGCUGCAUGGAAUGAAUAUAAAAGUGCUGCUAUGAUUGAUAUGAUGCUGGAUACGCUUCCAAAAGUUGCAGCUGAAGUUGCAGCACCUUUAUCACAAGCAAAGAAAAUAACAAUGGUUUCUAGUGGAAAUGGAACUAUUGGAGCAGAAAAAUUAACUGAAGAAGUAUUUAAUAUAGUAACACGUGUACCAGAAUUGGUUAAGAAUCUAACAGGCGUGGAUAUUGCAAAAUCUGUUCAUGCAGCUUAAUCAAAUGGUACAAAAAUUUUGAAUUUCUCACAUUCACUAUUAAAUAUUGAAAUAUAGAAUGAAUCUUUGAUAUACACAUUUAUUUUAAUAUACUGUUACAUAUUAAAAUCAACUUAUAAAUUUUAACUGAUAUUCUGUUAAACCAAAGUUCGGUAUUUUCACUGCCAAUUAAUUAAAGAUAACAAAAUCAUUUUUCAUAGUGCCAAUUUUGAAUGAAUAUUUUCAAAAGAAUUAUAUUUAAAUUGGUAUAUAUUAUCAAAAAAUAAAUUAUAUAAUUAUUAUAAAUUGUGAAUAUAUUCGCACAAUAUUCGCAUAUAUAUAUUUGAUCAUUUUAAUUUUAUACAAUAGAUAGCAAUGCCUAAAUUAUAUACAGGCAGUGAAUAAGUAUUUUAUUUAAUUUAUAUUGAAGAUUUAUUAUAGUAUUAUUUUUAUUUUUACAUAAUAAGUUAAAUUCGUAUUAAAAUUUUAUGUUUAUUAUAUUUUUUAACAAAUUUUAUUCACGUUUAUUAUAUUUUUUAACAAAUAUUUUAUGUCACUUAGGAAUGAAAGAAAAACAAAUACAAAUAUAUCUUUUUGAAUCUUAUAUUGAUUCAAGAUAUAUUGAUAUAUUGAUUCAAUAUUAGCUCAGUCUUAUCCAUAACUUUGCCAUUAUGUGCCGAAACAUUCCACUAAAUAUGCUGUGUGUACCUUUCAACUCUAUUGAUAUAAUUAACAAGUAUGACCAUUUUAGAAUUGGAACAAUUAUUAUUCUAUAUUUAUUCAAUGUGGUUUGAUGUUAAGUAUUUUUAUCUAGUCUCUCAAAUUAAAAAUAUUUUUAUUUAAUAUUUAAUUAUGUAUACUUUCUUCCUCUAAAGAUACAUUAAUAUAUUUGCAUCGAUUUUAGCUUAGAAUUUACUGUGAUCUGAAACUCUUUGUACGAAAAAAGUUAUAGUCAUAGUUCUUAAAACAAGUUUGAAUGCUUUAAUGAUAAAAUUUGUAUGACCAAUUUAACGCCUUAAAUUAAU